UGGUCUGGAUUUAGGCAGUACGUUCAUGUGACUGGGGUAUUCUAUGCCCUGUUCACAUGCUUCAUGCAUUCAUUUGGCGCAGAAUAAUGAAUCAUGCUCCUUAUUCAUGUGGACCGUGCACUGUGAAGCCAUGGAUAAGCUGUGUGGAAGCAGAAUCUGACAUUUUACCACAGUUUUGCAAUUUGGCGGCUGGUGCACAGCUUGUGAAAAUGAAGCUUGCUGAAAAGCGUUUUGCCUGUAACAAACCCUGCAAGGUUUUUGCAUGUUGGGACCUUGUGCUCAAGCUUUCCUGUAAAGACAAUAUUUUCUCAUUGCAUACUUCAUGAUGGACCAAGACAAGAGACUAGUGGCUGAGAGGAUAUUAAAUAUCACCCUGGAGAUCAUCUACCUGCUGACUGGAGAGGUUUACACGGUAGUCAAGAAGAAAAGUGGGGAGUCAUCAGGAAGAAGAACCAGGAUCCAGAGCCCUAUUAAGAUGCCUCCAUCUAUAUCACUGAUUCUUGAGAGAAACAGUGAGAAGAUCUUGGGACUUACUGACAAGAUCAUUGAGCUGCUGGCUGGAGAGGUUCCUGCAAGACAGUAUAUAGAAGAACCCACAGACCUGUAUCUGGAUGAUAUGGACAAUAAUGAGCCCCUUUCAUCUCCAGACGGAUCCAGUGACAAACGACAAACAUCUUCCAGUCCUCUCCAUUCAGAUUAUACAGAGGAAGAGAAAAGUGGUCCACAUGAUGAUGUGGGUCAGGAAUCACUUCAGAUUAAGGUUGAAGUUGUAGAGGAGGAAGAAGACAAGUUGUACAGUAGUGGUGAUGUGCUGUGCAAGCAGGAGGAAGUCCCAGUAGACAUCGCUGCAGCGAAUGCACACAACAUCAGGAAUUCUUCUGCAGAUUGGGAAUUAGAAGAUAACAAUGACUUGGAUAAUUCCCCAGAAGAAAGCUGCAGUUUUCAAAACAGGCAUUCUGGACUCCAGGAUGUCGAUAUAAAUGAUAUUAAUGAGCUUUCCUAUGAUGUGGACAUGACUCCUGAUAAAGCAUUUUUUUCACUGUAUGGUGCAGCUCACAGUGACAAAAUUUUCACCUGUAUAGACUGUGGUAAGUGUUUCACCCAGCAUGAUGCACUGUUGAUACACCAGAGGGCUCAUGUGGAGGAGAAGUCAUAUCCAUGCUCUAACUGUGGGAAGUUUUUCAAGAAGAAAUCAAACCUUAUUCAGCACCAGAAAAUCCACACUGGUGAGAAACCGUUCCUCUGCUCUGACUGUGGUAAAAGUUUUACGCGGAAAGCUGAUCUCGUAAAACAUCAGAGAAUCCAUACAGGAGAGAAGCCAUUUCCAUGUUCUGAGUGCGGCAAAUGUUUUACCCAGGUAUCCGCUCUAAUAAGACAUCGGAGAUUCCAUUCAGAAAUCGAGACUCAUCAGACCAGGCAACAUUUUUCCAGUCUUCAACAGUCCAAUUUUGAUGGACACCAUAUCAGGAAUACCUUGGAAGACCAACUUAUCUUAUCUCGAGAUUCUAAAAUACAAGAUAAACCUAAAAUACAAGAUAAACCUGAAAGAUUUGCAGGAGAAAAUGCUAGUUUUGCCAAUACGCAGCCAGUCCUUCAGGAUGCAGAUAUCAUUGGUGAUCUUUCUUUUCGUAAGGACGGUUCUCCUGAUCAAUCUGAUUUUGCUGCCUGUGGUACUACUCCAAAAAGUGACAAAAUAUUCCCCUGUCUGGAAUGUGAUAAAUUGUUCACUCAGUACGCCAAACUUCUAACACAUCAAAGAAGUCACACAGGUGAAAAGCCGUUUUCAUGUUCCUACUGUGGGAAAAGUUUUACUGAAAAAUCCAACCUUAUUCAGCAUGAGAGAAUCCACUCGGGUGAGAAACGCUUUAUAUGUUCAGAAUGCAGCAAGGGUUUCACGCGGAAAGCCGAUUUAAUUAAACAUUUGCGCACUCACACAGGAGAGAAACCUUUUAAUUGCCUUGAGUGUGGGAAAUGCUUUACCCAGAAUUCAGCUCUUUUAAGGCAUAAGAGAUUUCACACAGGGGAGAAACCCUUUGCAUGUUUAGAAUGUGGAAAAUGCUUUACACACCGACCUGAUCUUAAAAAGCAUCAGAAAAUUCAUAACCGAGUGAAAAUGGACAACUUAAAUGUGCCAAUUAUGGCAUUUGGUUGGAACAGGAAUAAAUACUGUUUAUAAAACUGGUCACAACAUCAACCACCAACAUGUGAAAUGUAGGAUGCGUGGAACUUAUUUUUUAAAUUCCUCUUACUAGGCAUAGAUAUUACAGAUCCAAAUAAUUCAUCUGGAGACGUUGCUUAAGGAGAAUAAGUGUGGAGGCCAUAUGUGCUGAGCAUUGCAUGUAAUGAGGGGUGACUACCGGCAAUGCCUCCAGGUGAAUUCUAACUGCUUUUGGAUGCUACUUACGGACUGCCUACUAACCACGGUCGGUUGGAUAUUCCAUGAUGUUUUAAUGAACUGUUAAAGUCUGAUGUCCGAUAUUUGAGAAAUUUGUGGAUGUGUAAAUAAUUGGUAUUUGAAAAAGAAGUUCGGCACGUCCUGCAGUACGCAUGUUACUAAAGACGUGGGAGAUUUCUCACUGCAGCUCAAGCUGGAUGAUGAAUUUGGUGAGUGGCUAGAGCAGGCAUGUCCAAAGUGCGGCCCUCCAGCUGUUGCAAAACUACAACUCCCAGCAUGCCUGGAUAGCUUACAGGUAUUAGGGCAUGCUGGGAGUUGAAGUUUUACAACAGCUGGGGGGCGGCACUUUGGACAUGCCUGGGCUAGAGACUUUUUUGAUUGACUUUAUAUUCUCUAUUGUUUGGCUUUGUAACAUAAUUUGUGCCAAAAUGUUGGGUAGGUAUAGUGAUUUUAUUUAAAACUACAUGCACCAAGUUAGAACAUUUUAAUGAUAUUAGACAUGCUGCUUUCCCUUUACAAAUGGUCUUAUGUGAUUUGUUGCUAUCGGUAUAGACAAAGACAAUCAGUAACAGGCAGUUAAGGUAGAUGCAAGAGACCAACAUUAUAAUGUAAGGCUUGUAUCACACUGCCAUUAUGAGUUCUGUUUUUUGUCUGGCCAAAUUCCCGCAGAUUUGCUGGGCAGGAGCCGGAUCUCAGCUGGACCCCCUUCUAAUCAAUUUGGCCAACGGGUAUUCUGGUAACAUCCGGCAAUGCCGGAUACAGAGCUCUCUGGCAGGCUGUUCUCUACCAGAACAGCCUACUGUAAGACAAUGGCAGCGUGAAACAGGCCUAAGUUUUAGUCCUCUAAACAACCAUAUCAUUUUAAAGUCCUGAGGACCCGAGCAUGGCGCUGGAAGAAGCAGGGGGAAAAAGGGGCUAGGUAUCUCGUAUUGUUCUCAUCUGUUAUUGUAGCAUAUUAACAGGGGUUGCCAGACAUUUUAUUAAACUUGGACAAAUCCUUUAAUUGAAAAGUGCACUUAGAACAAGAGCUGACACUUCCAUUAACUUAAGCCCAAUUUGUCACACUGAAAGUGCAGUUCAAUCUAUAGGCAGCAUGUUAUAGAACAGGUGAGAUGAGGCUUCCCUCAAUGACUGUGUAUACAGAGCUAGGGGCGGAUUAAGUGCAUGAUAGGCUCGGGGCUGUCUACCCAACUUGGGCCCCUCCCUCCA